AUGAAGUUCGCCACGGCCCUCCUCGCGCUCGCCAGCUCGGCGCUGGCCGCGCCGCCGACGCCCCUCGCCGGCCGCGAGGACAAGGAGUGCAUGACGCGCGCCGAGGCGGCCGACAUGGUCGAGAUCUACCGCAAGCUCAUCGCCGAGUACAAGGCCGAGGACUGCGAGAAGUACUGCGCGGCCGACUUUGUCGACAACUCGGACAGCAUCAACUCGUUCCUCGACCAGCCGCUGGGGGGCCCGACGUUCGCGACCAAGGAGAUCUUCAUGGAGGCGCAGCUGAGCAACCCACCCUUCCCCGUCGUCGUCGACUCCAUCGCCGCCGUCGACUGCGACGUCGUCGCCCUGCGCUGGCACGCCACCUUUGGCGAGGCCAUGAAGCCGAGCAAGGGCAUCACCAUCCUCACCAACACCAAGGAGGCCGGCUACUGGCAGAUCAAGGUCAUCGACGUCGAGUUCAACUCGCUGACCUGGCUGCUCGACAUGGGCGGCAACUACACCUGGGACGGGUGA